ACCGCCGGCUCCGCGCCGCCUAGUGCUGCUCGGCCCGGCUCCCGCCCAGACUUCGGCCGACGCGACUCCCGGGGCGUUCUGCCCGCUCCCUCCCGCCGCGGCCCCCGCAGGUCCCCCACUGUAGGCUGCGCUAGCCCAGAGUUCUUCCUGCUCUGCGUGUUCCGUGUGGAGCUGUGAACCCAUCCGCCUGCAUCUCCCUGCUGCCCGGUGGGCCUCGGAGCCAUGGCAACAGAGGAGAAGAAGCCGGAGGCAGAGGCUGCCCGAGCGCAGCCCACCCCCUCGUCGUCGGCCACGCAGAGCAAGCCUACACCUGUGAAACCAAACUAUGCUCUGAAGUUCACCCUGGCCGGCCACACGAAAGCCGUGUCCUCCGUGAAAUUCAGCCCGAACGGGGAGUGGCUGGCGAGUUCGUCUGCAGACAAGCUCAUUAAAAUUUGGGGCGCCUAUGAUGGGAAAUUCGAGAAAACCAUAUCUGGUCACAAGCUGGGAAUAUCUGAUGUGGCCUGGUCCUCAGAUUCUAACCUCCUUGUUUCUGCCUCAGAUGACAAAACCCUAAAGAUAUGGGAUGUGAGCUCGGGAAAGUGUCUGAAAACCCUGAAGGGACACAGUAAUUAUGUCUUUUGCUGUAACUUCAACCCGCAGUCCAACCUCAUUGUCUCAGGCUCCUUUGAUGAGAGCGUGAGGAUAUGGGAUGUGAAGACGGGGAAGUGCCUCAAGACCCUGCCUGCGCACUCGGACCCCGUCUCUGCCGUUCACUUCAACCGCGACGGGUCCCUGAUCGUGUCCAGCAGCUACGACGGGCUCUGCCGGAUCUGGGACACCGCCUCUGGCCAGUGCCUGAAGACGCUGAUCGACGACGACAACCCGCCCGUGUCCUUCGUGAAGUUCUCCCCGAACGGCAAGUACAUCCUGGCGGCGACCUUGGACAACACCCUGAAACUCUGGGACUACAGCAAAGGGAAGUGCCUGAAGACGUACACCGGGCACAAGAACGAGAAGUACUGCAUAUUUGCCAACUUCUCCGUGACGGGGGGGAAGUGGAUCGUGUCCGGCUCGGAAGACAACCUGGUGUACAUCUGGAACCUGCAGACCAAGGAGAUUGUGCAGAAGCUGCAGGGCCACACAGACGUGGUGAUCUCGACGGCGUGCCACCCGACCGAGAACAUCAUCGCCUCGGCCGCGCUGGAGAACGACAAGACCAUCAAGCUCUGGAAGAGCGACUGCUAGGCCCGCCCGCGGCCGGGCUGACCCGAGGGCAGGGCGGAGCCUGGGGUUCCCCUGAUCCAGGCUGGGGGUCGGGGCGGGGCCUGGACCCCUCAGGACCAUUAGGCCAAGGGGGAGAGUUCCCACCAGAAAGUUCUAGAGGAGACGUU